GGCCGGAGGGAGCGUUGCGCUCUCGUUGGUGACGGCGGCGCGAGGGCGCUGCGAGCGUUGGGGACCAACCGCAGGCGGCAAACGGCAGCGGCGUCAUGGAGCGGGGCGGGGGCGGCGGCCACGGCCCGGAUUCUGACCACGAUCUCUGCUCUCAGGGUCCCUCAAGCGGCGAGGAGGCCCAGGCGCCGCUCCAGGCGACGCGCGUUAAAGCCAAGGAGCCGCAGCGGCAGGAUGGAGGCUUCCCAGCCUGUCCUGAGGGCGGCAAGGAAGCGGGAGGGGAGCUCAGGUGCUCCCCGGCUCCGUGGGGAGGGAAAGAGAAGGCGAAAGAGGAUCGAGAAAAGCGCGGCGGAGAAGAGCAGGAAGACGUGGUGGUGGUGGAGAUCAGAGGAGGCGUGAAGGAGCCCCGUCCGGGAGCGAGGGCGGAUGGGGACGAGGACAGCGCUGCAGGCAGGGCCUCGCGUGGGUCCGCACACGUCAGCGGCGAUGGCGGCGUGGCGCAGCCCAGCGAGGGGCCGGGGGUCCUCCCUGAAGACCUGAAGAUCCCGCUGGUGCUUCGCCCUUUGCCGCCUGGCGCCCGUAUACAGGUCCAAGGCCCCCUGCUGCCAAAGCUGAUCCAGGUGUCAAAGGGGCCCGUGAGCCAAGUGCCGCUUAAAAUGCAGACCCUGCUGGAGCCUUCCGUAAAAAUUGAAACUAAAAACGUUCCCCUCACAGUACUGCCCUCCGAUUCAGGUAUGCCAGAUACUCCAUUCAGCAAGGACAAAACUGGCCAUGUAAAGCGUCCAAUGAAUGCAUUUAUGGUGUGGGCUAGGAUUCACCGACCUGCCCUAGCUAAAGCCAACCCCAAUGCCAAUAAUGCUGAAAUCAGUGUUCAGCUGGGGUUGGAGUGGAGCAAACUGACUGAAGAGCAGAAACAGCCCUAUUACGAUGAAGCUCGGAAAAUAAAACAAAGGCACAGAGAGGAAUUUCCUGGUUGGGUUUAUCAGCCACGACCAGGCAAGAGGAAGCGUUAUCCACUGGCUGUCUCUGCUGUAUUUUCCAGCACUACCCAGAAUAUCAUCACUACAAAUCCAGUUGCUGUUUAUCCCUUUCCAUCGCCUGCAUUCCCUGCUGCCAUGCACAGUAUUCAGAAAAAUAUUGGACAUCCAGUCUGUGAAGCUCCUUCUGCCACCCGGCUGCCAGCUUCUUCUAUUCAACGUCCAAGUCCAAUUAAUCUUUUCCGACCUGCUAUUUCAAGCACCACUCCAGUAGCAGUUCCAGCUCCAACCUUGCCGCUGCGACCUAUAAUUGCAUCACAGCACUUCACUGAGCCUGCUCAGAGAGAAGCUCGUGAUGUAUCAUCUGGAUCCUAUUGCUUUCUGAAGAGAUCAACACCAAUUGUUGUUGAUCUCUCCAGUAGAUGUUCAAGUACCUCAACAAACAGUAAUGACAGAUUUUCUGUCCCUAAUAGUGAGUUCCCAAAGGAGUACUCAGGGAUUUCUCCUUGUCCUAGAGGUGUACUUCUUCCCCAAGUUACACCUCUUCCUCAUUCGCAUCUCUGUGAGAGUCCUCCCAUUGGGCAGGCGGCCAGUCUGUAUGGAGUGCCUCCUCAGUUUUCAUUUUAUCACCCCUACUUUGUUCCUGGACCUCACUAUUUCCCCUCAAGCACAUGCCCAUUCAGCCGUCCCCCUUUUGGCUGUGGGAAUUUCUCCAGCUCAGUGCCUGAAUGCCUUGGCUUCUAUGGAGAUGGCUACCAAAAGCAGGAGAUGAAGUUUUCACCUCUGGACAGAGAUUACUCUUUCAGGGGACACCCAGGGGGAAGCAUACGUGAAGACUCACGUGUCUGCACACAUCUCGAAGAAGUGACCUCUCACAGCAGCCACAGUGAGGAGGGUUGUAUAAGCCCCAUAUCACAGCUAGACACUGGAGCACUUGAGAAUGAUUUGCCAGCCACCCCGCCUUCUCCUUCCAGCAUCCAGCUAGUCAAUGUGACUGACAGUGAGGACGAAGAAGAAAAAAAGGUGUUGCAAGAGCUGUAAUCUUUAAACCAAUUGAUAAUCCAAGAAAUUGUUAUAGAAGAGGAAAUAAACAUUUUCGUCGCUACUGUCUUCAGAGAAAUGUGUUCAAUGGGAAACCCGUGUAGCCUGAGCAACCUGUGCAUGUCAGUUUGAGGACUCUGAUGAACUGUUUAUAUUUUGAGAGGUCACGUACAGGUUUGGGAAUGUCUAAAAGCUUUCUGAAGUUUCACCUGGUUCAUCAGGGCAUUGCUUGGACUGUGGCUUAGGAAAGCACUUACACUCAACUUCAAACAUUUGGCAUGUAUUUUCCUGAGGAGAGAUAUAUUUAGGCACAUCCUUUUAUUGCUCCUCUGAAUUAGAAUACUGCCUUUUAUUGUUUACAGAUGUUCUAAUGGUAUUUUCCAUAUUUUUUUAGGUGUUACUUUAGGAAUUUUAGCAAUAAUUCUGGCUGCAGUAAAAUACUCUGAAGCCCAGAAAGUGAAGCCAAGAAUGAUUCUGCAGUGCUUUUUAUUGUUAUUUUCAUGAGACAGUUUUAAGUUUAAUUUGGUUAAUUUUUACUGUACUCUGUGUUUGUAGUACAAAUGUUAUAUAAUACACUGAUAAUAUAGAUCAGUUUGAGUAAUAUCUUAGUCUGUAACCAGUUCCAUUAAUAAAAACGGAUUGCCCAGAAGGUAGGUUGAUGUGUGGUAGAACCUAGAGAGAGGAAGGUGGAUGGGAUCUAGUUCUGAGACUUACAUUAGUGGACUGUGAUUUGAUCUCUGAGUGUAGUUAUUACUCUAAAGAAUUCUCCAGAGAAUUCCAAAUUUUCUGAGGAAUAUCAAAGGCUUUUAUAGAGAGGCUGUCUGCUGAACUCAGAGUGAGGAAAUUCAAAAAGUUUUGGCCCAAAUAUGUAAAUAAUGUUUCAAACGUUUAUGUUUCUGUAUUGCAAAAAGGAGGUCAUUUCUGUCCAGGAAUUCUGUUAUCUUUCUAUUGUUACAUUUGAAUAAACUCACCUGAGUAAUGUU